UCUGACAUUAUACACGCGGAACUACUCAAAACGAAAGUAAACAAUACCAGAGCUAUCGCGACAAUAGUCUAUGAUCUUGGAGGCGAUGAGUUACUGGUAACCUUUGUUGUGAAGAGUUAGGACUUGAUUUUCUACUGUAAACAUCGUCCUGAUCAACUAUCUUUUUAUGCUGAAGUGUUUCUACGACCAUGAUGAAGGGGAAGAAAAACAUCGAAGUCGAUGACAGGAGGGAAUUUGUCGAAAAACGCGAGCAACAUUUACAACGUCGGAGUCGCCUUCUCAGCGAAGCCAGUAGCAGCAGCGGGACGUCGAGCGAGCGGAACUCGCUGUCUGGUUCGGCCAGCAGUCUGGGCGCUGUUGGAGGUCCGUAUCCGCCCCCGCCGUCGUCCGCUAGUGCUGCUGCUAGAAAAAGUUGGCUGAAAGCGGGCGAUGACGAUGAAUUUGACGAGGAAGAUUCGGCGAAGGCAGUCAAGAAGUACUGUCAGGUCAAUACUCCAAUGAUGUUCAGUGUGAAAAGCGGUAGAACCAGAGAUUUCAUCGUAUCCCAAGUCCUGCGAGAGUCGAGCUGUUCAAAUACUCGUCAUUGGUGGAUGCAAGAGGCACAGGGCAUAAAUGUGCUCCCCCUUUCCAGCAAAACCCAAUAGGACCUACAUCAUACAUGUACGUGUACCUUAAGUACACAUAUAAGCAGGGCUCUAAAAUAUCUUUUCCUUGAAGGGAGUCCGUAUCUAAUUUUUCACACUCUGUAUGCAUGAGCCCUAUGUGCAAACAAAAUAAAAUUAAAAAAAAAAAUGUUGGGGGUCUGUUUGUCCCGGGCAUCAUUCAGUGUUGAGCCCUGUAACAUUUCCCCAAUAAUACACAUUUUAGAUCUUAAAAAGAAUCUGUAAAUGUGAAACAAUAAUCCUUUUUUUAGUAAACCUGAAAUUUGUUGACUUACAGGGUGUGUACAUGUAUUCCCCCACUCCCCAGUAAGAGAACCCUGAUACCGCCACUCACAGAUGUACCCAGUGUCUCCUGUGCAGUCUCACCGUACAUAGUAUCAAGUCCGAGCCAUCACCAAUGUCCUCAUAAUCGAUUGCUCAUCACUCUGGUGGGCCAUCUAUUGUUUGUUCUUCAAUCUCUCACUGUGGACACAGCUAGUCCUCCUGACUGACUUCAUGGUACUGGGCCUACGACGGUGAUUGCUUUCCUUAUUAUUAGCUUCACAAUGACUGGGUCAUAUUGGUUGAUGCGGCUAUGAUAAGUGGGUCUUUGGAAAGGUAGUUUGUAACAUGUGUUGUAAGAGUGUAUGUACCCUGUACCUAAGCGAAAUGACCUGGAUUUGCUAGCUAUAUAUGUUCCGAAAGGAGUGAGCAAUUCCAAAAAGAGAGGUCACUUAUAAAAAAAGAAGACAGCAAAUUUUGUCCAUCUAUCGUAUGCUGAUAGCCAGUACUUACUAACUCUGUGUAUAUUAGUAAUAAUAAUAAAUCUAGAUUUAUAUAGUGCUUAAUAUGAAAUAUGAUCUUCUAAGCGCUUUACAGA